CGGUGAGUCAACUGGAGCUCCAUUCCGGAAGUGCUCCCUGAGAUUUAGCAUUGGUUUAAUCUGUUCCGUGCUAGUUUCUGAUUGGUUACUUUCAAUUAACCGACUUGUUCCCGGCCCCCUUGGGGGAAAAAAAAAUCACUAAGCUAUUUGUUUCCCUUGUGAUGCUUGGCACACAACAAAUAGGACCGACAAACGCCAUAAUUCUCGUAAAUAAUUUUGUUGAAUUUUUCUUCUGUUUGUCUAUACAAAGUACGGUGUUCUUGAAACAAGACAGUACUUGAGAAUUUCUCUUUAAAAAAUCCGCCAUUUUCUGCAUAGUUAUCUCGUUUUCAUCCGGAAGGUAUUUCCUGUCCUAUUUGAAAAUCCCACUGUAUAAUAUCUCAUGAGUUCCACUUCAUUUUAUUUACAGCAAAUAUCUAGUUCACUCUAGUAUGGUCUAGGACAUAAUGUUAACACAUAAGGAAUUUUAUAUUUCAGGAUUCGCACGUUAAAAUUCCAAUGUUUUGGAGCACCUCGUUCUUUUUAAUACCGUAUUUGACUCAAACUGGUGAUUGGACUCUGAUGUUUGGUUUUAAUGAAUUUAAAAUGUCAGUCGGGGUCUAAUGGGGUGAGCAUUGAGGAAAACGUUUGCAAUGCUGAAACUUGAAAAAGAUGGCGGUGAUCGAGAGUCUUUUGCAACAUAUCUUAAUGAUAAUAGUCUAGCAUAUCAUGAUUCUUGUCAGAAGAGACCCGAGGUGUCCUGGAUAAUUUAUGACAAACCCAAAGGAGCAGUAGUUAGGACUGUACUGGGCUAUAUAAUAGAAUUUCCUUCCCUCGUUUGCGCGUGCCAGUUCGAAAUUUCUACUUUCAUAAUUUAAAAUAAGGUUUUAUUGAGAGGUUUUCUUUUUUCUUUUUUGUUUGAAUUUUGGUGAAUGCACUUUGAGCAAUAAAGCGGCAUUGUAAAUUAACCUAUUGGAUUCUCUGGAAGAGUUAGUUUUUUAGUCCAAUAAAAAAGCAGGUUUGCAACGCUGCUUUUACAUGCUAUUAAUCUAUUGGUCAGUUUUGGUCCAAUCAAAAUUCAGACUUUUGGACCCUCAUUUGCAUAUACGUGAUAUAAAUACUCGGGAUUUUUUUUUUCCCCCCUCACUCUUUUCCGUGUUGGUCACAAGUUUUCUGCUUUUGGUAUUGUUUAUCAUGCCUGAGCCAGCGAAGUCCGCCCCGGCCCCGAAGAAGGGCUCCAAGAAGGCGGUGACCAAGGCGCAGAAGAAGGACGGCAAGAAGCGCAAGCGCAGCCGCAAGGAGAGCUACUCGGUGUACGUGUACAAGGUGCUGAAGCAGGUGCACCCCGACACCGGCAUCUCGUCCAAGGCCAUGGGCAUCAUGAACUCGUUCGUGAACGACAUCUUCGAGCGCAUCGCGGGCGAGGCGUCGCGCCUGGCGCAUUACAACAAGCGCUCGACCAUCACGUCCCGGGAGAUCCAGACGGCCGUGCGCCUGCUGCUGCCCGGGGAGCUGGCCAAGCACGCCGUGUCCGAGGGCACCAAGGCCGUCACCAAGUACACCAGCUCCAAGUAGACUUGACAAGUAAGCGCCCUCUUCCCCAACCCCAAAGGCUCUUUUCAGAGCCACUCACUUUUGCAUAUGAAGAGUUGUAAUAGCAAGGUUCCUCAACUGGCUUUAAAAGCAUGUUUUGUCUUUUUCCAGACCUGUUUCCAUAAGGUGUGAGAACUGUUAUAGUAUGAGAUGUUUACUGGAAUUUAUGUUAAUCUUUAGAGCCACAUAGAUUAUGUGAAAUGUGUAUAGUAGGACUUGGCUAAAGCCCUGAAAGAAUAGUUUUUGUGUGGUUUCUUUAAAUUUUUACUUGGUUCUUUGUUCAAUCAUUAGACUUUACAAUAAUUUCACACUGGGUGGCUGUAACUUACAGUUGUCUGUACUUAAGUACAUGUAUUUUGGUUAUUUGUUUUCAUUACAAUUUUCACAUUAUAACAACAUAAUUAUAUGUAUUUCACAAAG